AUGGGUGUGGAGAAUUUGGGAUUGAAUUUCGCACAUAGUGUCAGUAGAGGACGGAACGUGGCUGUAAGGCGGAGCGGAGUUGCCAGUCUCUGGUUCUUGCAUGGUGAUGAUAUUUUUGACCGUGCGCUUCGUGUAGAAGGGAGAGAAAGGCCAAUAUUGAAAGUCAAGUGGUUAGAUUUGAUUUUUCAAGACUUCGGAGCACCAUGGCCUCCAAACCAUAAUAGAGGAUAUCUGGAAACAGAAUCAUUAUUCCAUUCCAAGAUGCUUCUCACACCAAACCAAGCAAUGGUUAUAAAAUUUUCUAUUCAGUUUGACGACAACUAA